UAGUCAGUGAUAACAUUUGAAAUAUUGAUAACUUGUACUGGCUUCAUUUGUGUAGUGUUUAUUGGCCUCUUCAAAAUGGCACAUUUUGUAAAAUAAAGCAGCACACUAGUAACAUUUUGUUAUGGUUUACAAAUAUGUAGGAUUAUACAUUGUAAGGAUAGGAGAUGGCUGAAUCUGGCCCAGGAUCAUGCCCAACAGUGGGUUCUGGUACCAAACAUCAGGUUAUUUAUAUAAAAUAGAUACUUCAUGGCACAAGUCAAGGGUUUGGAAGAUGUCAUAUGCAAUCUUGAAGUAACAGGCAAGAGUAAAGAACCAAUCAAACGGGUUGCAACUUAGUGGCUGUAGCCGAAACCAAGAGCACGAUAAUGAAACGAGUAAUACCAGAAUUGUUUUUCUUCAACGCACCUUGAGGGUGGUAAACUUGUUUUCGAAUGCUGAAAUCAAGGUUUUUUAUGCAAUCCACAGUUGUAGGCUUGUUCUCGAUAAAUCGUUUAAUAUGUUGUCGCGGGAUAAGUUAUUCAGUCUAUGUGUAAAUAAUAUGUAUAUUAUUAAUAUGCGAAGAUUAGCAGUGUGUUAAAAUGUUAAUAUACAAUGGAAAGAUUAGUUUAUAUUGCUUUCUAGCAUCGUUAAUGAUAUGUUUACUGUUAAUUUUACCAAGAAUUACACCUUCGGGAAGCUGCAUUCUUGAUCAUGUGUCGUGGAUCCUACCUUCGUAUUACAUUAUAAUAAACGUGUUUUUGCUUCUUUGCUUUCGUGGAUAUGAUUUUCAGGUUGCAAUUCGUGCUGCCUUCAUUGGUUUCAUUUUCUCUGUUGGACUGUUCUUGGCAGACUUGGCACCUCCAUCAUAUCAUGUAUUUGGAUGGUACAUGUGCUUCAUGUCAUUCUUCCAUUAUUCAGAGUUCUUGAUGAUAGCAUUGACAAACCCAAGAACUCUGUCACUUGACUCCUUCAUACUGAACCAUAGUAUAGAGUAUGGUGUUGCUGCUUUUGCCAGUUGGGUGGAAUUCUUCAUAGAACGAUGGAUUUUUCCAGAUUUAAAGGAGCUUACCACAGUGAGCCUUGUUGGUGUGCUGCUCUGUGUUGGUGGUGAGUUACUCCGUAAACUGGCAAUGUUCACUGCCAAAACAAACUUCAAUCAUAUUGUUCAGAGUGUACAUGAGGAGGGUCAUCAGUUAGUGACACAUGGAGUGUAUAAAUACUGCAGACAUCCCAGUUAUGUGGGUUGGUUCUACUGGUCUAUAGGCACUCAGUUGAUAUUGGUCAACCCUGUGUGCACUGUUGCUUAUACAGUGGCCAGUUGGAGGUUCUUCCAUGACCGUGUGUUCAUAGAAGAGAAUACUCUCCUUCACUUCUUUGGAGAUGACUACUACCAGUAUCAGAAACGCGUGAGCACAGGUCUGCCCUUUAUACAGGGUUACAAAGUAGAGUUGUGAAAACAUGUCAUGUGUAGCACAUUUGAGGAGUACAUGAAUACAGUCUUCUAGCAUAUGUUCUUCCAUAUAUUUCUCACUUAUUUUGUAUAAAAUAUGGACGAAGUUGUGUUAUGUGGCUUUUGAAAUUUUGUUAGAGUAAAUAUUAUGGUGAUGAAUCAUAUACUGCAUAGAGAAUUUAGAAUAGCGAUUAAAAAUAGGGAGAUGCAUUUAAAAUGAUGUAAAAGUAAACCAUUUUAGUGCUGUA